UACUGUGAUUCGUAGCAGUGAAAACGAAAGUGAUAGUAUUUAUUGGGCGUGUGCUCUGAACUUGUUUUGCAUUAAGUAGAAAAGUUUAGCUCCGGGCUUCACAAGCUUCACUUCAGAUCAGACGCUGGGUCUCGUUGCUGCGCAGAAGAAUUUGAUGGCUAUGUUUGAUGAUUAUUAUAUAAUAACUCUGGAGGACCUUGAAGAUAUUAAAGAAUCCAUAUCUACUCAGGAUCUCCCAACAGCGGUAAACACAAUCAAAGAAGUCCUUGAAAAACAGGAUCUUGUAGAACUUAACAUUGGUGUGACGGGGGAGUCAGGUUCUGGAAAAUCUACGUUUGUCAAUGCAUUCAGGGGUUUAGGGGAUGAAGAAGAGGACUCUGCGAUAACUGGCCCUGUAGAAACCACUAAAGAGCCUAAAGCUUAUUUUCACCCAAAAUAUAAAAAUGUGAAAGUGUGGGAUCUUCCUGGCAUUGGAACACCAAACUUCAAAGCUGAUGAGUAUCUUAAACUUGUUGAGAUUGAACGUUAUGAUUUUUUCAUCAUCAUCGCUUCAGAUCGGUUCAGAGAAUGCCACAUUCUGCUGGCCAAAGAGAUCAUGAGUAUGGGGAAAACGUUUUAUUUUGUUCGUUCCAAGAUUGACUCAAGCAUUGAUGCUGAGAAGAAGAGUAAGAAGAAAAGCUUUGACCAGAAAAAGACAUUGGAUUCCAUUCGAGAGGACUGUGAAACAGGUCUGAGAAAGAUCGGUAUAGAGGAUCCUGUCGUGUUUUUGAUCUCUAGCUUCGAGCUCGGCAACUAUGAUUUAAACCUUCUGCAGGAUAGAAUGGAGCAAGAGCUUCCACAGCAUAAGAGACUUGUGCUGCUGUUGGCUUUGCCGAAUAUCACAGUGGAGAUCAAUGAGAAAAAGAAGAAAGUAUUAGAGGAAAACAUUGGAAAAGUUGCCUUACUGUCUGCUUUGGUGGCUACAGUCCCUGUUCCUGGUCUUUCAGUUGCUGUGGAUUUUGCCAUUGUUAAAAAGGAGAUAGAAACAUACUACAGUACCUUUGGUCUAGAUGAUCCAUCCCUGCAGAUGCUCUGUGAAAGAUCUGGGAAGACCAUUGACGAAUUCAAAAGUCAAAUGAAGUCCCCACUGAUUGGUGGGAUAAACCCAGCUUCUAUAUUAUCCUUAGCGGGUGCUGCAUCCCUGGUUGUGGCUGAAAAUGCAGUUGAGUAUGCUGUGAGUCUUGUACCCUUACUUGGCACUGUGGUGGCAGGAGGAAUGUCCUAUAUGACAGUCUCAACAAUGCUGAAGAGAGCUCUGAAUGACAUAGCAGAAGAUGCCAAAAACGUGCUAAUGGCUUCAGUGCAGACUGAAGUGUAAACACAGAAUGUGACACAGAAAUUACAUGUAUUCAAGUAGCAUCUGCUUUUAUUCAAAUUCAAUUUCUGUUAGUUAACUAAAUGUGAUCUUGCAUUUCUUAUUUCUUUAACUGAAAUUUACAACUGAAUGCUACAAUCAUGAUACAUUAAAUUUCAAAACAUUUAUCACUUUACUGUUGUAUUCAGUUAUUUUCUCAAUAUGAUAUAAGGCAAACGUUUGACUAUAAUUGCAAUUUGAUUCAAUUUGAGGAACAGUACUCGUUUUGCUUACGUGUCCAAGAUAAAGAUCAGAACAGGAUGUUCACAUGUACAGUACAGGUUUUAACAAUUUAUUGAAUGGCAGUAAAAUCCAAACAAGUUUAGACCAAUGAAAACUCAAAGUGUUUUUGCUGCACCUAUAUUUACAUUUACAGCAGGUUAAGUUUUACAACAUACUGUAUGCAUAGUAAUAAAUGACACAAUUAAUAUUUUAUGGUUUGUAAACAAAACUGUCAGUGGCAGUAAAGUUUCACUGACUCACACUUAAAUCGGCAACCUCACUCCUACAGGUUUAUGCCACUUUAUAAGUGUGUUUGAUCAGGAAUUGAAUUAAACUACUUAAAUUUAAAAAACAAAAUUCUCAUCUUAUUUUUAUUAUAUUUUAUCUUAACAAUAAAAUAACACAAUGAUGUGUUCUUUAUUCUUCCCUCAGUUACACCCAUUUAACACUUUUACAGCAUAUCAUUUAUAUAAUUAGGUCAUGCUGAUACUAAUUUCACCCAAUACAACAUUUUGCUUACUAAGGUUUAUUAUAACAUUACUGUAUUUUUGAUCAAAUCAAGAUUAUUUAGACAAGUGUGAUUAAGUGUCUAACCAAGCAGAUAUAAAUAAACUUCAUAAUAAUAAUAACUAGCUACAAGUGUGAUGUGACAUUAUUUGAAAUCAGGUGAGAUGCACAUUGAACAACUCACUGUUAGAGUAUGUUAAAUGAAUGCUUACAUGCGUGUGUGUGUGUGUAUAUAUAUAUAUAUAUUGCUGUUCAACUAAGAUCCUUUGCACAUUUUCCUCUCCAUUUUCUAAAAGGCCUGAUUUGACCUGUAAAUGCAACGCUCGUGUGAGUCGGCUGGAUGAUGCAUCAUAUCAAUGGCUUCGACCUGUGGUACCUAGCAUCCUCUCCAUGUCUUCACACUGUCCUCCGCCCCAUGUUCUCCGCCGUGGAGUGAAUACCCUUAAUCUUCGACCACUGUGUCAGACAGCGCAGCUUCAGGGAGAUUCCUCUUUAUAUAACGCUCACUCUCUGGUAAACAAAACUUUUUUACUUCACAUGCCUUGGAUAUACUAUGCAUCACAGA